AUGGGACCCUAUAAGGUUAUCCAGCGCGUAGGAAAUGUGGCUUACAAAUUGGAAUUACUUUUGAGUUUGUCCAGGAUUCAUGAUGUCUUCCAUGUCUCCAUACUUAAGAAAUAUCAUCCUGAUCUGUCCCAUGUAUUACGACCAAAAGAAGUGGAGAUUGAUGAGAAUUUGUCAUAUGAGAAAAAGCCGGUAAAGCUUUUAGAUCGAAAAGUGAAGGAAUUAAGGCGCAAGCAAAUUCCGUUAGUGAAGGUUUUAUGGAGAAAUCAUGGAAUUGAGGAAGCGAUUUGGGAAGUAGAAGAGGAGACCUAUCCAGAGUUGUUUCUGAAUCAAGGAUUAAACUUCUCUUGA